AUGGAAGAAAGCAACCUGGAAGCACCGAUGGAAGCGAAAGCCAUAGCGAAGCGAUAUCAGGAUUACAGGCAGAGAACGACGGAACAAGACGCGUUUGUGGAUGAACUUGUCAAGGCCCUUACGCUCAAGGAACAAGAGUACCACGAGCUCAAGGCCGACCUCCAGGAUCAGACAGAGAGUCGGCGGAGAUGGCAGAAGCGUGCCUUGGAUACCAGCGUACAGCAUCUCCUCGUGCUCAUCGACGGAAACCAGCACUUCUUCAAGCCGCACUUUAUCAGGUCGGGAGCCGCAGGCGCCCACGAGGCUGUCGAAAGAUUUGUGGCAGAGGUCAAAGACUUUGCAAGAGCACAGCACAAAAACGACUUACCCGAGGGGGUGAGCUUGGUAACGCACAUUUUCUCUGAUAUUGGCCAGUUGGCCCAUGAUCUUUCGGCGGCAAACCUCAUCCCGGAGCCGGACAGACUCUGGCCGUUUAUCCUGGAAGUUUGUAGGGUCGAGCCUGGCAUAACGAUAACCGACUGUGGCUCUGGACCUGACGCGGUGCGCCACAAGCUGAAAUACCACUAUGAGCUGUUCUUGGAAAACUGUCAUUGUAGGCACGUUUUCCUGGCCUUGGGCCAGCAAUCGGAAUACUACAAGGUCCUGGAGCAGUACGGCGACGACGACUACACCCUAGGGAAGACGACUCUUGUCCGUCCAGCCCAUGGAUUUGCCGAGAGCCACAACCUCCCGUUCCAUACUAUCGAGCUUUCCAUGUUUGACGCCGUACCAAACAACAACAAAAACAACACCACCCUUGGAGUGCUGCCCAAUGGCUCCAACCCCGCGCCGCCAGCUCAAUGGAAUGACCCCCUUCCGGCGAAACCAUCAGAUCCCGUGGCCGUGGCCAGUACAGACUGGCAACCAACGUCACGCGGUGAUGAGGCGCUGCUUUUGAGUUCUAACAUCGCGUCACCCCAAGUUCCCCCAGAACCAAAAGUCGUCCCGAAAGGCCCGGCGAAUGGCACGUUGGCCAACGGUGUCAACGGGUCGCCUGGAGAAUUGGACAACGAGAGUCUUCUUGGUGUUGUUAAGCUUGAUUCGUCACAUUCUUCAUCGCAAACAAGGAAAGCGGCGCAGCAAAGCUGGGAGACGAGCAUGACUGAAAACAGCUAUAUCCCAGCACCGAUCCAAGAGCCAUGGGGCGAGGAGACAAACGGCACUAACGGGUACGAGGAAGAAGACUAUUCCAAGAUGGCAGACAUUCCACAAACCCGAGCCCAUGCUCGAAGAGGCGCCAGAGGCAGUGCCAAACGAAACUCACAGUCGACACUGAGCCAGGACCGUCGAUACCCAAGCACAUUCCCACGAACACAGGUACACACUCCGAAACAGUUCGAGGGAUCUUGGGACGAUAUGUUGAGGCAACAGGAGACACGGAGCCCGGUUGGUCCCGUGUCACAAGCGGCAUCGGAUCCGCAGCGGCCAGCCUCGAGCGCCAGCAGUGUCGCUGCGUCGGCGUUCACGAAGAAGAUUCUCAGCACGCCGGAGCCUCACCCAGAGCGACGACCGAUUUGCGCCCCGGUUGCACUGAACAAAUUUGAGCAGCGCAUCGACUUGAAACUACCAAAGCCGUCACUCGAGGAUCAAGAACUCUGUGACAUUCGCACGCGGAAUAGGAAACUGUGUAACGAGCAUCAUUUGCGUUCGAACUGCAAGGAUCCAAACUGUAAAUACGACCACGAGUCCAUCGUUGACGGCGUGUAUCUUGCGCUGAGAAUCAAGGCUCGCAAGAUUGCCUGCAGCGUUGGUCCUGGCUGCCGGCGCCACGACUGUUAUGCGAGCCACCACUGUCCCAAUGUGUCACACUCGUCCACUUGUGGAAGGCCCAAUUGCUAUUUUGCAAGCAGAGGCAUGCAUGCAGUGACCGACCUCGAGAUUGCAAGGAUGAUUGAGCCGAACUUUCCAGAUGGGUCUUGA